AUGUAUCUGAGGAAUACUGAGCCUAAUAACAAUUCAGAUAAUGAUAAAGAAAAUUGGUAUCUAUGUAAUAAUAUAAUUUCUAAAGAUUGGCUAGGCUUGAAUAACUGUGAAAAAGUCAAAUCAAAAGUUAUGGAGAAAUCAGAUAAAGAUAAAAAACAAGCACAAAUACUUGUUACUGAAGAGGUUUGA